UCAGACUUAGGGCUUUAAAGCCAGAGUCGGCGGAGUUGGCCGCAUCCCGGGAGCUCCGCGACCUCCCAGCUGUGUCUCUGCGGAGUGCGCCUGCGCAGCGGCCUCCCAGGUUUUUGAACCAUGGCUCUGUCACUUGUCCUGGCGGCCUUUUGCUUGGGACUGGCCUCAGCUGUUCCCAAACUUGAUCAGACGUUGGAUGCAGAGUGGGACCAGUGGAAGUCCACACACAGGAGAUUGUACGGCACGAAUGAAGAAGGAUGGAGGCGAGCGGUGUGGGAGAAGAACAUGCGAAUGAUUCAGCUGCACAAUGGGGAGUACAGCCAGGGAAAGCACAGCUUCUCCAUGGGCAUGAACCGCUUUGGGGACAUGACCAAUGAAGAAUUCAGGCAGGUGAUGAAUGGCUUUCAACACCAGAAGCACAAGAAGGGGAAGACAUAUCAGGAACCUCUACUUCUUCACCUCCCAAAAUCUGUGGAUUGGAGAGAGAAAGGCUAUGUGACUCCUGUGAAGAAUCAGGGACAGUGUGGUUCUUGCUGGGCUUUUAGUGCAACUGGGUCCCUAGAAGGACAGAUGUUCCGGAAAACUGGUCUCCUGGUUCCCCUGAGUGAGCAGAACCUUGUGGACUGUUCUCGAGCUCAAGGCAAUCAGGGCUGCAAUGGCGGCCUGAUGGAUUUUGCCUUUGAGUAUGUUAAGGAAAAUAAAGGCCUGGAGUCAGAGAAAUCCUAUCCAUAUGAAGGAAAGGAGGGAAGCUGUAAAUACAAGCCAGAACUUGCUGCAGCUAAUGACACUGGAUUUGUGGAUGUCCCUCAGCGGGAGAAGGCCCUUACCAAGGCAGUGGCAGAAAUUGGCCCCAUAUCUGUUGCUAUGGAUGCAGGCCUUAUGUCCUUCCAGUUCUACAAAGAUGGUAUUUAUUACGAUCCAGACUGCAGCAGCAAGGACCUGAAUCAUGGUGUGCUGUUGGUUGGCUAUGGUGCUGAAGGGUCAGAGUCAGAGGAGAGUGACUAUUGGCUGAUCAAGAAUAGCUGGGGUACAGAAUGGGGUGCAGAAGGUUAUGUAAAAAUAGCCAGAAACAGGAACAACCACUGUGGCAUUGCCACCGCAGCCAGCUAUCCUACUGUGUGACCCAAUGGACUAAGGUGGCCGAGGACUGAGGACAGCAUGUCCAGAAGAAUUUUACCUGAACACUGACCAAACCCUUAUUGUGUAAGACAAAACACUUGAAUCAUUGAGGAUUCAAUUUCUAAUUUGAAUUCUGUGACAUUUUUACAAGGGUAAAAGGUUAUCACUGCUUUACUGUUAUAUAAACAGCUGUAUGAUAUUGAAAAUUUAUUGCUUAAUUCUAAGACUUUUAAUUUUCAUUUUUUAAAAGAAUAUAAGUCUUUACCUAUUACAAUAAAUUUUAGUUUAAAAUAAA